AUGCUUGAUCCACCCCUGGAUCCCUACGAUCCUGAUAGUCCUGCCCUAACAGAGCGAGAUUGGCAAUAUAUUCAGGACUUUCAUAACGCCCUGAAGCCAGACAAGAUCGAGGGCGAUGGGACACUGGUUUUCCUCCGUCAACACCAUCCUGGCUACAGAGACAUCGAGAUCCGCACUAUCAACCUGAAUACUUCGCCUGAGGAUGUACCUGUUGACCAUCGCCUUCUGGUUCAGGAGCUUGAGGCGGAGACAGAGCAGGAUCUUGACAAUCAGGACGUUCCAGAUGUUGCAGACGAGGACGAAGGGGUGGACACAUCUAUUGUUCCUGAUCUCGCUGCCACUGAGGCCGAGAUUCAAAGACUGCAGGAUAUCAAGCUUCGACCGUUCGCAAAGCCUCUAGUUCUGAACUACUAUCCUCGCUAUAAGCAGGAGGCAAACCCGGAGGACUAUGCCAUGCUGAAGGUAUUGCUUCAUGUCCCAUUGUGCGAUAUUAAUGAAUUACGGAGGCUAGACAUCGAUGAUGGCUUUGAGACCUUUACUAAGGGCUGGGAUUACUGGAAUUCAACCCGUGUCAGAACUCUCCGCCUUGAUUUCAUGGGGGAACUUCCUCCGGAGCCUGAGGACGAUGGUCUCGAGGAUCUGAAUGUUGAUGAUAAUGCGAAUGUUGAAGGGUCCUGGGAAGAGCUUGCAAAGCAACUCCCCCAUCGAGAUAAUGGUUCGAAGAUUAACAAUCCUGCCAAUCUCGUAGUCCAUUCGUGUGCGGAUCCAGACGCCCUGGAGGCUAAGCAGAGACAGCCUUAUGACCAUUUCGUCACCCACUAUCAGCUUGAACUUGCUGGGCUCCAAAACAAACAGCUCCUGAUCAAUCCCGAUGAAGAGACGGCGAGAUGCCAUGGAAAGGCCAGUCCAAUUGCGCGUGUGGCACUUGCUGGCGUCGCCGCCCACGCGAUCAGUGGACGAACACCGCAUGCACAGUUUAAGUUGCCUGUCCAGUUUGUCAAGGGAUUCGAUGCGCUCAGCAUCCAAAACCUGACGGCGUUACAAAACGGCGAACUCAGCCAUCGAUUGAAAGAGAUCUUCGAGGACAAGAGCAAUACGAAAUUUGGCGGAAUGAACAUCGUGAUUGCGGGCGAUUUCUGGCAACUCCCUGCCGCUCGAACACAGUUUCGGAUCACGACUGCUUGCGCCAUCACAGUUCACAAGGCGCAGGACAUCACAAACAGGCUUAGCAUUCGUAUGGCACGUGAUGAGCUCCGAGAGACGGUCGGCGAAAACCACAUCUUUGGCACCUUUACUCCACCGCGAUAA